GCGGCCCCUCACGGGCUUCCCCCGGCCGGCCCGCGCCUCCCGACCUCCGACGGAGCAGCAGGGGCGGGCACUCUUACCUCUGGGCUGUGCUUGCGGUCGGUAGCGAGGCAGGGGACAUUAAUCCCGUGGAAAGCCGGGAAGGGCUUUCCAGGCGAGCGCCUCAGGCUGUGGCAGGCCUGGCUGGGCCUGGAUCUGGCCCUCUCGUGCAAGAGUAUGUCUGGUAUCGUUGCCCACACCAAUGUGUCACAGUUUAUUGGGAAAAAAAAAUCCAUGUUGUAAAGAAGCCUGUCAUUUAGCACCAGGGAGCAGAGGAAUCCUAGUGUUUUGUGAGCCAAGCCCUGGAUUAUUCCAUGGAAAUGGAACAUAAAUCAUUGUAGGGAAGGGUGCAGGAGAUGGGAGGCUGGGUUGCUGUUAAUUGUUAGUGGUGAAUUAGGUUUUAGUAAGUACUUAACAGGCAGGUAUCUCUCAGGCAAAGAAAAUAUUUCAAACUCCAUUAUAUUCUACAGAAAGAUAAGCUUUUGUCAGUCAGCCAGAUUUUUUUUCUUUUUGUCUAUCCACUGUGCAGGCUGUAAGAUUUCUUUCCCUUCCCUUAGAUAUUUAUUCAGUAUAAAUAAAUGUUGCAUUGCAGCUUUCAACAGACACAGCUGGAGACUGUAGGAAGACACAUGCCAAAGCGAGUCUCAAUCCCCUGAGACACCUGCAAGAGGCAGAACACUGCAUGGCAAAGCAGCACUUGCCACAGGCACACCACUGGGUUCCUCUGGCAAGACUCUUCAGCAGCUUGCGGGGAAGAGUUUUAUCCCAGUCAGACAGCUGUGCCUCGAAGUAUCAGGUUUUGCGUAAGGCUAAGACAUCUAUCCAGAAGCUGGAGCAAACCUUGUGUUCUUUGCUGAAGAUGAAAGCCAGCUGCAGUCUGGAGGAUGGGAGCCCAUCCAGCUUGGAGGAAGUCAGGGAGGAAUAUGUCAGGAGGCAAUUCGGCAGUCAGAGCACUACAUCAGCCUCAGAAGAAAUGAGUGAAAGUGACUCUGCCAUCUGGUAUUUGCUUCAAGAAUGUGAAAAACAAACACUGGAAGAAUAUGAGAAGCCAGAAUUGAUCCAGUUUUCAGACACUUUAUCCCCAGAUCUAGUGGAAUUUGAACGAUACCUGUAUUUUUAUAAGCACACAGUGGACCUGCUGGUAGAGCAUGGAAUUGUUUGCACCGGAGAGGUGCCUCUUCCUGAGGUCUCCACAGCUAUUUCCCAUCUCUGGCAAGAGCUUUCUGAAGAGAGCAGGGACAGCAUCUUGCAGUACUGUAGCCAGAGAGAUUUCCUCAUGGAUCCCAAGGCUGCUCGCCCAGAGCCUGCUUGCACUGAAGGUAGUGUGAGGGACAGCGGAGGUAACAGUGAGGAAGCCAGUGGUUCCUCAGUCUCCACACCAGAGGAAGUGAUGUUUGAAGAUGCAUUUGAUGUUGCUGCUGGUUUCCUUGACAGAAGCAAGGCUCAGGGAUUGUCCAGCCAGAGUUCAGCAUUUGCAAGCUGCACUUCUGAAAAUCCAGAGGAUCACCAGAGACUCUAUGUGCAGGUCACUGACUUCCUAAAACACCUCUUCUUCACUAAUACACAGUUUUGCCAGGAAGAAGAUCUUCACUAUGAUCAUGAGACCGUGAUGCUGCGGUGCACGGAGACCUUCGAUGAUGAAGAUUUCUAAGCAGUGUCUCCAGCAAUGUUUUGCCAAGCCCUGCCAGGUACACCAGGCAUGGGAGGAGCCUCACCUCUCUCAGUGAGCUGCCUCUCUCAGCAGAGUGUGGAGACACUGUGUUGGUUUGUUAUCAUUGAUUUCUCCUUCCCUCAUUAGUAAUUCUUGAUAUAUCAGUUGAGUAAUUUAUACUUUUUAAAGGUUUUAAGGGUCUUAGCUAUUUAUUAAUAUAUGUUUUUACCCAUUGCUAUUUAAUGUUUAGCCUUGCUUCACAAAGAAAUGGAGGCAUGUACAGUUAUGUGACCUUGCCUAGCCUAAGGUGUGGGAAGAGCAGCAGGGAGGCCAGAUCAGUGGCAGUCUGCACACUCCCACAGGAUGCAGGUCUCAAACUGCACCCUGCAAAAGUCACCUCCUGGCAGUGAUUAUUUUUCUGGUGCAAUUUUUCAUCUUGGGCUCAUGAGGAAAGAGGGAUUUCCUCACAGAGAGUGGAAUGAGGCUCUUCUAUCUCUUUAUGAGGACAGCUGCAUUGAGCACCCACUCCCCAGUCACCCAAAAAAGUGCGGGCACAGUAAUACACUUUGGAUUAUUUACUUUUGUGAAGUGUGUAAAGCUGAGUGAUCAGCCCUGUGCUCUUCUUCCACAUCUAAUUCUUGGAUGAGUAGUGCUGCUCAGAUAGUGUCUUGGAAUUAAAAGUCCUGUGAAA